GAGAAAAGCAGGGUAGAAACAGACAAAGGCAACAGCCGUCAAAGCUACUGACGCUGGGAGGAGGAGGUGGCGUCGUUGGCGCUGUCAUCUACAAUGCUCGCCCUGACCAGCUGGACCAGCGCAGCCCUUGUUCUUUGGUAGCCCCCACAGGAGAAGCCAAGCUGAGAAAACGGGUGCCAAGGCGGUCUGAUCCUGUUGGGCCUCCCGGUGGAGUUUUCCAAGCCCUUUUUCUCUCUUCUGUAUCUGUACAGGUGAGACUGGAGUUCACCGAACCCACAGGCCUGCCCGCCAGUGACACCCACCUCCACCUGGCGGCCGCGAAGGGCUCCCUCUGUGCCAUCCAUGCUGUCGACAAGAGCGUCUUCCUCCUGAAGCCCAAAGCCGAACUCUCCCCUCAGACGGUUUAUAACUUGCUCCCUGUGAAGAACCUCAAGGGGUAUUAUUAUCAGGGACGGAAUGUGGAAGACCCGGACGUCUUACACUGUGUGCCCUACAAAAAGAUAGUUGUGGAUGGCAUUACUUAUUCUCCUGACCCUUAUCCGUCUGCAACAGGCGACUCCUAUAAAGUUCUUCAGGACUUUGGCUUGAAAGUAUUUACCAGCACCAAAAUGCACAAGCCGGAGAGUUGCAUGCAGGUCAGAAUACAGUACUUCGAGCCCAUGCCCUUUAGAAGAGGAAUGCCAGAAGUUUCAGCGAAUCUGCUUGCUGCAGAACCUUUAAGGUUACAACCAGAGCCACAACUGGAGACAGUUAGAAGCCUCUUCCCCGAGACGUGGAUUUGGAAUCUCGUGGUGAUAAAGUGA